AUGGAUAUCGUGCAAUCGGCCUCUGGGGACGAGCUUCGUGCCGUCGUCUUGGCGCUAUGCAAGGACACAUCGGUCAUGCUGCGAGUCGUGGGCCACAUCAAAAAGCUCAGAGACGCCCAGGCAGACGCAUCGAAGACUGGCGAGAAGAGGAAGGCUUCGGACCAAGUUUUCAUAUGCGUCCGCUGCGGAGAAACUUUCAGCGAGGAAGCCAACGAUUCUAAAGCUUGCACAUACCACCACGGCAAGUGUGAAAUGGAAGUAGGCGGCGACGACGAGGACUUCUGGGCCGACCACGAUGAGGAUUGCCACGGAGAAAUAGACACGGAAGAGACGCGGGAAGAGUUCCCAGAAGGCUUCACCUGGAACUGCUGUGACCAGGCAGGCACGGCUCCCGGGUGCACCAAAGGGCACCACUACGCCAUCGAGGGCAAGAGGAUGAAGACCACCACAGACGGAGACUCGGACUCGGACGGUAGUGAUGAUUAA